AUGGCCCGCUUCUCUAUUCCAACAACAGCCAGGUUACCAUCCUCAAUACGAGUCGAUGCUUCCAAUCCUGCUGUUGUUAAGAGUCUCAAUCGGCUUUCACGAGAAUCACUUAUUUCCUUGGCAUUAGACUGGCUUGAUGAUGAGAGUCUGCCCAAUGCCGUACCCUAUAUUGAAAGGAGAGAUAAGGAUGAAGAUGAAGAAAACGACGACCUAUACCCUGCCUGUCAAUCAGUUGACGACUUGCAGCAACUUUAUGUUGACAUGCAGCACCAAAAAGGGUCAAAACGAGAUGUCGUUAGCAGAAUUGUUGAAGGCGAUUGGAGGAUUGGCCUAACGCUGUAUCAAUUGGCCAUGGCAGAUAUGGCCUAUUUUGAACAGAACCCAACAUCUCAAAGAUGGACAGCAUAUUCGAUUCUGCCCUUGAAGCAGCCAUCUCAAAAUGCUGGCGAAGACCAAGUGCUCAAGGUCGAUCAAGAGAACCUGACAAUUCCACGAUUUCACCCCUCAACAUUCCUACAAAACCUUCAAACCCAUGUGUUGCCCGACGUCAAGGCACAUUAUCACUUUCACAGACCAAAAGAUAUACCUGUCUUGCUCUUGCGGAUAUUCGUUGUUGACUCACCUUACAAUACCGACUUUGCUCUGUCAAGCCGAGACGCUUCUGGCACUGCGACCAACUUCGACUCGUCAAGAACUGUGUACAUUGCGUUUCCGGACGGAUCGCCUUCUCUAUAUAUCACCAAAUCGCAGGCCACUGGUUCUGUCGCCUCGGGCGAUUUAAAGAGUUUGCAAAGCUUAAUCGUCGAUGGAGUUCCCAAGGCCCUCUCACGUCCUCGUGAACGAUAUACCCUCAAAUCAAGCAGUCUCUCCAGCAAAAACUUGGAGGUCUUGUUAGAAAAGAAUGGUUCUGGUCGGACAAAUGCUGCGGGAGGUGGCUGGAGCAUCUACUCCAGCGAAUCAACAAAAGUGUCACCAUUAGACACCGUUCUUCCAAGCCCACCACUAUCUCGAGAAUCGUCGGCCAACAACCUCAAACGUGGAGCGCCGUUGACAGAAUCCCAACAGGCAUCGAAAAAGGCAAGGCUUGCUGCAAAGGCUCGAUUUGGUGAUUCGGCUAUUGUCACGGAUGGAAAGGGGGUGGAAAAGGUUGACAUUGUGAUACAAGAUCCAUUUCCUACUACAGGUGCGGACUUUAGCGAACCAGAAGACGAAGAGAACGAACAGGGCAGUACAGAGCACGGUAGCAAAAACAAACGGAAGAGUAAGAUUACCGCAGUCAUCCAAGAGGCAAACGCUACAACGGAUGAGGAUAGCAGAAACGAUACAGCCCCAUCUCAGCGAUGGACGCCCACUGUCAAAAUUAAGUUCUCGGGGAAUCACGUCUGGGCAGGCGUACGGCAACUUGUCGAAGCUGGGAUAAUCGAUGGAGAACAGACGCCUGGGUGGAUGACAGGCGAGGAUGGUGUGACAACAGGACUUGUGAGGCAUGGAAGGAUACGCGGGUACAAAGGCUCUGGCAUAUAA